UGACGUAACUUCCUUUCUGUCCGUGCUAACCUCGAAGUGAACACGCUCCCACCCGUGUAGCUCAAAAUGCGUUACGUUGCUGCUUACCUGCUCGCUGCCCUUGGUGGCAAUGAAACCCCUGCAUCCAGCGACAUCAAGAAGAUCCUGGAAAGCGUUGGCAUCGAGGCUGAUGACACACGCAUGGAGAAGGUCAUCUCUGAACUCAAGGGCAAGAACGUGGAUGAGGUGAUCGCCUCAGGUUACGGUAAGCUGGCCAGCAUGCCAGCAGGCGGUGCCGUAGCUGUUGCCAGCUCUGCGGCUACUGGCGCAGCCGGAGCCGCAGCACCUGCUGCAGCUGAGGAGAAGAAGGAGGAGAAGAAAGAAGAGUCUGAGGAGUCUGAUGACGACAUGGGAUUCGGCCUGUUCGACUAAACUUUUCCAAAUGAAUAAAGUUUCUAAAAAAUC